AUGAACAAAAUAUUUCAUCAUAAACAUCAAAAGUUAAUUUUACAAUGUUAUCCUGCUGGUAAAGCUGUUGAUAAAAAACCAAAUCUGUCAGAAUUAAGUUAUUUAUUAUAUUAUGCUUCUACAAGAAGAGUUAAAUUAGAGAAAGUUAUUAUAUUUUUAAAAGAAAAGACAAAUCAUGAUGCGAAAUCAAAUAAAAGUGGUAAUUUACAAGUUACUUUAAUUAUUGUAAAAGAUUUGAUUAAUAAAUGUAGUGAAAAUUUAAAUGUUUUUGCUCAACAAUCUUGUGAUAUUUUAUUUACGAUUUUAAAUACAAAAGAUGUUGCUUUAUGUAAAGUAGCUGUUAAAACUUAUGGUGCAUUAUGUGAUAAAUUAGAUGGAGCUUUGUUCUCUGGUGAUAAAGAUUUUGUUAAAAAAUUUACUGAAGUUUCACAAUUAUUAAUAUCAUUUGGUAAAGAAAAAACAACAGGUCUAAAUCAAUAUGAAUGGCAAAUGAUUAGUUUAAUGGCUAUAAAUGAUAUUUCAAAAUGUUUGGGUCAUAAUGCAACUGUUUCAAAAAAAUUUAUUGCAUUAUCGGUACCAACUUUAAUUCAAGUUAUAUUAAGUAAUAAUGCUCAAUCGAGUAUUUUACAAAGAUUAAAAUCAAAUGUUAAUAUUGAAACAGAUAAAAGAUUAUCAAGAAUUCAAUCUCACAAAUCUCAAUUGCAAGCUUCACAACAAAUUGAAGAUGAUUUUAAUAAUGAUUCUCUAACAUUAGCUGAUGUUACUGAAGAAGCAUUCACAUCAAUGAAAUCAUUUUUCAAUACCAAUACUUCUGGUCAAAUCUCAGAAGUUACAAGAACUGUUGUUCAACAUAAUAUAACAAAUAAUGUUGAUAUGGAUUGGGGUGUUUCAUUUUUAGAAUUAUGUAUUACUUGGAUACCUGUUCAAUUAAGAUUUGUUGGUUUAUCAACUUUAUUAGUUACUUUGAGUCGAAUUAAUAUCGAAGGUUCAAGUAAAUCAAAUUUCAAUAUUCAAUAUCAAUAUUCUUGUUAUUUAUUAGGCUUAUUAUCAUCAAAAGUUAAUAUGAUUGGUUUAUCAGUUUCUGAUAUAAUUCAACAAUUAUUAAAUUUACAAUGUGACUUAAUUUUAAAACCAAGUGAUUUAGAAAAAUCAAAUGUCUUAACUUUGACCAAUAUUUAUUCAGAUUGUAUUUGUAAUUUAACAACUCAUAUCUAUUAUUACGAUCAAGUUCCCGAUUCAAUACAAGAAAUUUUAGUUAAAGUUGAUUUUGUUUUAGAUUCUUCAUUUGUUGAUGAUAAUACAAAUUCAACAGGUGAAAACAUUCAUGAUUUGAUUAUACAAUUAUUAGAUAACAUAUCAAAGAUAUUUAUGAUUUUAAAAAAACAAACUUCAUCAAUAAAUAGAAAUCAUGUUAAUUUAGAACAUUGGGAUAUAAGUUUGGGAUUAUUGGCACCAGAAAGUGAAUUUGAAGAUGAUAGAAAGACUGUAUUGACUACAUUACAAAUUAAUGAUAUUCAAGCAAAAUAUUUAAAAGUUUUUGAUGAAUUUUUAAACAAUGAAUUAGCUGUUGUUUCAACUAAAUUUGAUUAUAUUAAAAAUUCAUCCAGAUUAGAUCCUGGCCUUGAAUCUAAUAACAACAAUGAUUCUGAAGGUGGUAAAAAUUUAAUGGAACCAGAUGUGAAUCAAUAUAUUACUCAUCAACAAAAUUUCAUAUCACAUUUUCUUAUGUAUGUUGAUAAAUUUUUUGAAAAUUAUAAUUCACCAAAUACUGAAUUAGUUUUACUUUUAGUCACUGUAUUAAAACAUAUGCUGAAUAUUUUAGGUAUAAACUUUUUAAGUAAUUAUAUACCUUUUUUUCAUCAUUGGGUUUUGAAAAUUAAUAAAACAAAUGAAUUUACACAAGGACAAAAAUUUAAGGAUACAAUUGCGCAUAUAGUGUUAUAUCAUGUAUUGAUUGAUUUGGAUCAACAAUAUGAAGAAGAAUUGGAAGAUUAUUGUAAAACUGCAAAAUUAUUCAAACAUAUACAAAAUGCAGUUGAAUAUAGAAAAAAACAUAGAUUAUGGAUACAUGGAAUUGAUGAAUUACCAACGGAUAAAAAUUUUGAACUUUAUGAUAAACCAAGAAUAAAAGCUGAUGAUAUUGAAGAUUUCGCCUGUGGAAAUAAUUUCUUGAUUGUUUGGUUACAUCCUCAAAAGCCUUUAUUAACAGAAAUUGAAAAAUCUCAAAUAAGUACUCAUAUGAGUACUUUUAAUAACGACUCAAGAAAUACAAAUAAUACAUUUAUGCCUGAACCGUCUAUUGAUGAAGUUCCUGGGAACUUUGUACCUACAUCUGAAUGGGUUAAUCAUACAGGUUUAUCAUCAGAUGUUGUUUCAAGUAAUUCUGAGAAAGGUUUAUACACUGGUUUAGGUUUAGGCACUGCUGGUGAUAUUACAUCAAUUCAUCAGGAAAUUUUGCAAUUUAGUCAACAUUUUCAAGAAAGAGGUUUACCACAUGCAAAUGGAUAUAGUUCAGCAAAUACUACCAUGAUGAAUAAUAAUUAUGACUUUACAAAUGGUUCAAUUUAUACCUAUGAUUCUAAACAUGUAAAUUCACCAACAAUUUCAGAUUUAAAGGAUGCGAUGUCAGCUUAUAAAAUGAUACCGCGUCCAAGUCAGAAUGAAAGUAUUGUAUCAAAUGGAUCAGUACUUAACAAGAACUUGGCAACAACUGAUGUUAAUGCAAUAUUAGAUGGAUUAGAAAGUGAUGACGAUGCUGCUUUUGUUGUAUAG